CGGUGGAUGAGAUGGCUGUGUCUAUCUGAGAGAUGAGCUGAGUUUUCUCUAAGGGGCUGGUCUGUAGCUGUAUAAAUCCUAUUUAAGUCACCCAGGCUCUCGCUUUAUCCUGCACAUCCGCAACAGCACAGCUACAGACAGGCUGUGGAGGUGCAGCUCAACUACAAGCCAAGCAACUCUAAAGCUGUUUGACUCACGAGUCUGCCACAGUCUUCCUACAACCACAUCAAGUACAACUAUGGUGUGUGCCGGUGUGUUGAGGGGACUCCUCCUGUUUUCUCUCUUCUACUCUGGACUCUGGGGUGUGGAAGGGAAGACUCUGGACCAGAAUACUCUCCCUCGUGCCAUCAAGUUUCUUCGCCAAAACUACCAGUCAGGGAGCGCUAACCAGGUUGCCAUAGCCUUCAACGCACCUGUAGAUAAGUGUGCUGACUACCUCGAUAACAACUUCCUCCACACAUAUCCUGGACGCACUGUGAGGAAUGCUCUUAACAGUGCUCAACGUCUCUACGUCGGUCAAGAACUGAUUGCAGCUAAACCAAGGCCCAUUCCGGGCAUAAUUCCACCAAGAAACCAACAUUCAGAAUAUGUUCUCCUGAAGUUACCCACUAUAAAUACGUCUCCCAUGAAACAGCUCCUUAAUAAGGACAAAACAGGUUGUGUGGUGUUCUAUACUUAUAAUUCCCCUUGUACAAGUACCUGCAUCAGACCUGGGAGCUGUUAUAAUAUCAUAGAUGCUCUAGACAUGUUCAAGCAACACAAUGGUCCAAAGGCUUUUGUCUUUACAGAGGUAUGGAAGCAUGAUUGUGACAAAGAUAUUUCCACCAACCUUAGAGAAGUCCUAAAGCGUGUCCCCCUCUAUCGUUGUAGAGAUAACAACAAUUGUGUUGCUUGCACAGCUGACAAUCUUAAUAGCUGUACACGGAAAUAGAAAGAGGAGACUGUGAGGACAGAUUUCUAAGAUGCUUUAUAUAAUAUAAGGUCACAGGAUGAACACAGAGUAAAAAGAAUGUUUCGUUUUGGUAGAAGACCAGCUUAGCAAUGUCAGAGAGACUUGCGCUUUUUUGUCUGAGGAGGUGCAUGGUAAACAUGUUAUUGUUACCUUUCCACUGUCUGGAUUGCUUUUAGCAAAUUCUUAAAAUUCUGCAAUAAGCCUUUAUAUAAAAAAACAUAUAUUAAAAUGUGUAAAAGUGUUUUGUUGCAUUAAGUGUGCCUAUUGGUGGAUAACCGUGUGUGUGUGUGUGUGUGUGUGUGUGUGUGUGUGUGUGGUUAGAUUUAGAUGCACUGCUCCAUCAUGUAUUUCAGGAUUUUGAACAUGCUUCUCUCUAGUUUUUUUUUUUAUUUUGAUUUGAUUGGGUGUAUCGUAACUGAUCUGCUAUUCUGCCAUGGCUAAUAAACUGAUUAAAGCAUCAA